AUGUUUGAGGUCCUGGAAUGCCACGCGGCUCGUGGAGGUUUCGUGCGAGAGUUACAUCGGCUCCCUUUCUCACACAUCCGCGCCAGUGAUAGUCAUCCAUCUGGAACACACAACAUGCAAACAAACCCAGGUAAAAAAAAAAGCCGUGUAGUAGCGGGCAAAGAGGGGAAAGCAAGCAGAAGAAGCACAAUACCUAAGCCAUAG